UCCCAGACAACACAACCUCGCUGCUGCUUCGUGCGUUUCUCCUGCACGUCGCACGCAAGACGCGUCUCGUGCGUCCCGCUUGAUUUGUGCAGCUGCAGCUCGUGAGCUCCGGCGCUGUGGUUGGCUCUCCCGGUGCGGUCGGUCACGCGCGCACACUUGCACAAACGCACGCUCGCAAGCUCCAGAAACACGGCGGAGGCGAGGACGGCUUGACAGGGAGCGUGACGCGGCUUUGACUUUGGGCGCUCGGGCACAUUUUCCAGUCGCUUAGCCCGGUGAGGUGGAGGAUGGAGCGGGGAGGAGAGCCGCACUGAGCGCGUCCGCUGAGGGAGAGGAGACGGCCGAGGAAGGCGCAAGGUGCCACCGUUAAAGUCCGGGGUAGAUGAUGCUUGUUUGCCGCAGGCCCCGCCAUCGUGAAAUCGGAUACCGACGUGCGGCGGAUGGGGUGACCGAGCUCGCUGCUCCGCCGGGGAGGUCCCUGUCUUCGGACGGUGCCGGGAUGGGAGCUGCCUGGUUCUAAGGGAAGGAAGGAAGGAGUGGCAAGAGGGAAAAUGCAGACGGAGGAGGAGACGGCCACCGCAGAAGAGCCCAUUUUGGAGGAAGGGUCAGGACGAGAGCAGCAGCGGCCACUCCAACAGUCUCUGGCCUCCUCCCUGUGUCGGGAGUCCCACUGGAAGUGCCUCCUCCUGACUCUCCUCAUGUAUGGCUGCUUCGCCACAUUGGCAUGGUGCGCUCUCUGCCGGGUGCCCGUUCUCGGCUCCUCCUCCAUACCUCUCGGGGCCGACGACGACGCCACCUCGGCGGCCUAUUACGACAUCCUGCACUUGGAGAGCCCGUGCUCCAGUGGCUACGUCUACAUCCCCCUGGCCUUCCUCGCCAUGCUUUAUGUGGUUUACCUGGUGGAGUGCUGGCACUGCUUCUCCAAGACGGCCAUGUUGGCUCAUGCUGAAUUCCAGGAAGUGUACGAGCGCGUGCAGAGACUCCAGCAGGCCACACCCUGUAUUUGGUGGAAGGCCAUCAGCUACCACUACGUGAGGAGGACGAGACAGGUGACGAGAUACCGCAACGGAGAUGCGUACACAACCACACAGGUCUACCAUGAACGGGUGAACACUCACGCUUCCAGCUCCGAGUUUGACUACGGUCGUUACGGCGUCAAAGACGUGUCCAAGCAUCUGCUGGACCUGCAGAUGCACCCUGCCGUUCGCCUCCGCUUUACCAAGUGUUUCAGCUUCUCCAGUGCACGUGCUGAAGCUGCCUACCUCACCCAGCGAGCGCGCUUCUUCGGGGAGAACGAGGGCCUUGACGACUACAUGGAGGCCAGGGAGGGAAUGCACCUGAAGAACGUGGAUUUCCGCGAGCACAUCCUGGCGUUCCCGGAUCCUACUCAUCAGCCGUGGUUUGCCAGGCACAGGGUGUUCUGGCUGGCUUCGGCUGCCCUCCUGUCGUGGCCGCUGCGGGUUGUGUCAGAAUAUCGCACAGCAUACGUCCACUACCAUGUGGAGAAGUUGUUCGGGGAGGAUGAGGACGGUGGCGGAGGAGGAGGACCAGGUGGAGGAGGACCGGGUGGUGGAAGGGGGGAUGGGACUGAGGGUGGCACUGAGAAUGGAAUCCGCCCAGGAGGGAUUAGUAUUGGGAUUGGUCUGAACGGGACGAGCUACAGAGCCAUCUCUCGGGUCAACACUGUGGACAUGACAGAACUGGAGUGGCACAUCCGCUGUAACCAACAGAUGGUCCCAAGCUACUCUGAAGCCCUCCUCAUGGACUUGGACAUAAGUGGGGGGACAAACCCCACUGUUUCUACCCCCAUCUCUGGGCCUCCGGGCACCACCCCCAACCCGGUGACCAACCCGUCUCCUCUGGCUCUGCCCGUGGUGUUCAACUCCGCUUACCUCCUGCAGAGCUGUCCUCGAUGUCGGAGAACAACUUCGAGUUCCAGUCUUCCUUCCAGGCUAAGAGCCUCGAUGGGAACAACGGCCCUCCUGAACGCCACCGUGGCAGGGAUCAGGGCAGCAGGGCCGGGUGGUGGGGCCAUAGGAGGAAGGUUGGUGCUCAGUCGAAGUGGAUUCUCACUCGGGAGACUGGCAGGAGGACGCCAAAACAGCCUGUUUCAUUCAAGAAGCAUGGGGGGAGGGCUGGGGGGAAGUCGGGAAGAGGGAGGAGGAAGUGGCGGAGGCGGAGGUGGGGGAGGCGGAGGUGGAGGUGGAGGAGGUGGAGGAUUCCUCGGGUUGGGUUCAAGACAGGACAAUGAGGAAACCAGAGGAGUCCUAGAAGGAGAAGGGGAUGACGAUGAAGAGGAGGAGCAGGAGGAGGAGGAGAGAAGGGAAGACCGGGCAAGAGAAAGGAAUGAUGAAGCAGAGCAGGACAACGGAGGGGGAGGAGAGGCGAGGGAGGGCGAAAGGGAACGUCCUCCAUCCUACCAGGACGCGUUCUUCUUCCCUGUCCUCAUUAUACACGGAGAGGAGAGCUGCCAUGCUGGAGACGACAUGUGACGGGUAGAAAGAUCAACACAUUGAGAGAAAGAAAAAGUAUCGGCUGAGGGAGAUGGAAGGGACUGAGCAGAAAGAAAAGAAUGGAUCACACGAGAAGGGGCUGAGGGAAAAUGAUACUUGAUAGACCCAAAGAAUGAAUGAAAUGAGAAGCGAAUGAGGUUGAAAGGAAGGAGCUGGUUGACAGCAUACCAAGCAGAGAAACGCAAGAUAGGAAUCAGUCAUAACAAAGUGGGGAAGGUAAGAAUAGCUCUGUGACACAAAUAAUAAGGAAGGAGGGGAUAGAGUAGGGAGGAGAAGCAGAGUAGUCUCAGAACGAGUAGACAGCUUCAGGGGAUUUGAACAGAUUCGGUGCAUACUGUUAAAAAAAAAAGGCAUGAAACAGUGGUUGAGAGGAAGAUGGAAGCUGAUAGAGAAGUGAAGGACUAAGAUAAGAUGGAGUCUGAGAAAAUGAGUGAAGGCAGGAAUAUCCUCACAUAGGUAGAUAUUGCUAGAGAGAGAGAGAGAGAGAGAGAGAGAGAGAGAGAGAGAGAGAGAGAGAGAGAGAGAGAGAGAGAGA